AUGAUGCAUUCGCUUAGAUCUCUCUCCGGGGGUUUCGACUUCCUUCAUCUUGGGAAGAGCUUCAAGCAUUGCAGACUCCACGGCUCUCAAAACAUUUUCUAUCUACCGAUGGAUGAGCCUGGCGAGAAGCCUCGCAUGCAAGAAUAUAAAGUUGAUCUUAAAGACUGCGGGCCAAUGGUCCUCGAUGCCCUAAUUAAAAUUAAGAACGAACAGGAUCCAACUCUGACGUUUCGGCGCUCUUGCCGUGAGGGCAUCUGUGGCUCUUGUUCAAUGAAUAUCGGGGGGAAAAAUACUCUAGCAUGUAUAUGUGAAAUCGAUAAAAAAAUCAACAAGAAAACAAAAAUUUAUCCUCUACCGAACAUGUAUGUCAUUAAGGAUCUUGUUACUGACAUGGCCAAUUUUUAUGCCCAAUAUCGCUGGAUAGAACCCUACCUCAAAAAGAGGGAUCCAGACGCAGAGGCCAAUAUUGGGAAAGAGGCUUUCCUCCAGUCAGUUAAGGAUAGGGAAAAGCUCGAUGGCCUUUACGAGUGUAUACUCUGCGCCUGUUGCUCCACUUCUUGUCCAUCUUAUUGGUGGAAUGGUGACAAGUAUCUAGGACCUGCUGUCCUAAUGCAAGCCUACAGAUGGAUGAUCGAUUCCCGAGAUGAUUACACUUAUGAACGACUUAGUCAAAUGCAGAAUAAGUACUCUGUAUACCGUUGCCAUACAAUCAUGAACUGCACAGAAACAUGUCCGAAGGGUUUGAAUCCGGGACUUGCGAUCGGGGAGAUCAAGAAGAUGCUAAUAUACUUCAACUCGCAUAAAGAAAAGGCUGCAGAAAAGGGCACUGCCAACGCCUAG